AUGAUCCAAGAUCGCCGUGCGCAAAGAAUUGAUGAGCGACAAGAAAAUGCCAGGGCUCUAGAAGAGGAGGAAAUGAAUAUAGGAAAAAGAAUUGAGGACCAAAACAUUGUAGAAAAAGUACGAUGGGAGGAAACAUACGGUGAUAACAUCAAAAUCAAAUCCGGAGAUGAAUCAACACGAGAUUCCGGAGUAAGUGAUAUGGAAAGGCCAACACUCGGUCCCGCCAGCACAAUUACUUCCAUCGUGGAGCUCGAUGGGAAAGAAAUUGAAAUGUCCAACAUACCUUCGCCUACCCGGUCGAAUGGAACAGGACUCGUUAUGUCUAAUCGAAAUGGGCACGAUGGAGCAGUUACAGUGCGCGUCGCUCGAGAUGUUGAACCUGAGAGUAAUCAUUGUGCGCCAGCGCGUCAACUUAGUCGAGCAUCUAAUCCGUCCCAAACAAUGACAAAUUUUGCUCGCGAUGAAGUUUCUGUUGUUGAAAUUGAUGAGAAUUCCCACUUAGCAACUCAAACUUCCCAGAAACCUCAAAAUGGAACCUUUACUUCAGUAGCUACAGUCGCACCGGAGGUAGUGCCUCUCCCUUUCAAGAUUCCAGAGGAUGAAGUGGAAGAUAAUCGCUCUUCGAUUGCUACCACUCCGGAUGAAGACAGUGGCGGCUUUGCAUUAUUGGAAGAGCCCUCUACUCGAUCAGAAAGGGAAUCUCUAAGGUUUUCGAAAGGAGAAGGUGUUUACACGGAAGAUUCAGUAAUUCCUUAUGCCAAUGAAGACGACAGGGCGAGUUCCGUUGCAGCAACUAUGGAUGACCUUAGUGAUGAUGAAGAUAGGGAGACAAGAAGUGUACGCUCAUCAUGUGUGGAUCAAGAUACGGCGAUAUCGGAUGCACAAAUUCCUGCAAUUGAGACUCAACAGAACGAGCAAAGCUCGGUAUCGCAGACCGAGACAACAAUUGAACCACCGAGGGAUGCACCUGGGGAAAUGGUUUCAUCGUCUCUAAGUGAGCCAACUCCCGAAGAUAAACUUGAUAAAGUUGCUACUGAAAAGCCUGGUAUCAUGCUGAAUUCUGAGUUUCGACCAGAGUCAGGAAUUACCGUUGCUACUGAUAUCCUUAACAUUCCCGGAGGUCAAACGGUUUCGGAGGAUUCAUUGCCGCAACAGAAGCCUUCAAACGCAAGUGAGGAUCCAGCAGCUACCACGAUAGACUGCGAGGAUGGGAAAAACCUUGAGGCUAACGAGGAUGCUACUGAAUCAAAACUUAAGACAGAGCCAUCUGUAACAUCCUCACCUGAUACCAAGGCUGCGACACUCACGAAAGACCGAUUACCUCCUCAACUUUCAAGGGUCGUCAUGUCAUAUCGUACUAACGAGUGGGCAAAACAUUUAAGUCAUGCAGACUCUCCACAGUUGGAAGAACUGAAUAUCUCCGAGAACAUUCCUGAGGACCACAAAUCAGAAUCGGCAGUUCCUGUGGAUGUUGAAGCACUUCAACAGACAGCUCAUGACGCUCUUCCUCCUUCUGCACCACGUUCAUCAUCCCAGCAAUCAACCUCCCCAGGUUUAACCAGAUCAAGCUCCACUCAAUCAAAUAUCACACCUUUUGCUACAAUACACGAACAUGAUGUUUCGACACGAAACUCCUCGCAACAAUCACUAAGAGGUCAUGCAUCGCAGAGACAACGUCGCAAUUCUCCAAAUCCAAAUAUUCCCAGAGCUCAUUGUCGAAUCACCUGGAAAGAAAACACGAGCUUCACAAAGACACACUUCUCAAAUGAUUUCUCCUCCAUUCGGAGGACCUAA